UCUUGUGCGCGUGCUAGUGUCUGUCAGAAAACCCUCACUAGUUUCUGUCUGAUUGCAGAGUUCAGCUUGUCUGCAGCGGAAACAGAAAAAACAGAACCCAACCGCCUAACAGUUCAGACGGCACGCGAUGCUUAAGCGACAUUUUUCACUACACAUCCCGUGAGGACCUACAACUCACCUUAAAGUGUGGAUAACGACAGUGGGGAAUAUUCAUCCACCGGCUGUGGGAAUGAACUCCAGCACACAAUGACAGACAGCUGUGAUUGGGUGUGUUGGGUCCAGAGCUGUGUAUAUAUACCCAUCCUGGUUUUGGGUUUUCCUCUGAUCCUGGCCGCUCUGUGGCAGUUGCUCUUCUGCGUUCGACAGUGGAGUGAAUCCACGGUUUACCUCUGCAACCUGAUCAUCAACGACGGCAUGCUGAUUCUGUCCCUGCCGUUUAAAAUACAUGCAUACAAGAGGGCCUGGACCCUAGGCAAGACUUUCUGCUCCCUGCUGGAGAGCCUGCUCUAUGUCAACAUCUACGGCAGCAUCAUGCUGAGUGUGUGCAUCGCGGUCGACCGAUUCGUCGCUCUACAGUUUCCAUUCGCUGCACGCCGUCUGCGAUCUCCGCGCAAGGCAAUGGUUGUAUGCCUAGCCUUGUGGAUACUGAUCUUUGCAUGCAGCAUCCCCAUCUUCACACUUCACGAUGUUGAACAAGAUAACAAAACAUUUUCCUGCUUCCAGGACUUCUCCAACGAAACUUGGACGAAAAGUUGGAUUCUGGCAACUAUGGAGACGGUGUUUUGCAGCAGCGCUGUGGUGAUGGUGUUCUGUUCGGUGCGCGUGGUGCAAAUCCUGCACAAUCUGAGAAAGCGCAACCCUGGAGAUUCAAAACUGCGCAAUAACAAGAGCAUGAAGAUUGUUCUCAGCAACCUGGUGGUCUUCCUCACAUGCUUCAUUCCUUACCACAUAUCGGCGCCCGUAUACUUCCAUGCAAAGACAGGCAUGUGGCUGAAACACAUCGAUAAUCUACGCUACUUUAUUCACAUAACCAUAUGUAUUAGCAACGUGAACAUCUUAGCAGAUGGCGCAUGUUACUACUUCAUCCUCAAAGAGAACCUGGAAUCCGCAAAGCGUGAGAGGAGAAUGGCUAUACGCAUCAGAGAGACACGAAUUCGAAGCUCAAAGAGUAUAACGUUUGGAGAAAUGCAUACUGUUAUGUCCAAAGCCACUAAAACUAUGGAAAUAUGCGUGGACACUGGUUUUACAUAAAGAUCUACACCAAAACUAACGGAGACAGAAUGCUAGGAGGAUUAAUCCUGAAGGAACAUAGCAAAGGAGGACAGAAGACAGUGAGACAUACUCAAGUAGAUGAGUAUGCAGGUGGAUGGGAAGUAUAUACACACGGGAUGUGUGUUUACAUGAUGUGACGUAUGUGAAUUUUUGGGUCCCAAACAAAAUCGCAGUAACUCGUAUACACUGGAACUUUAAAACUGCUUUUUAUAAAUGUGAAACCACAAAAACCGUUAAUGUGCUGGAAGUGUUGUAACAAAAUACAGAGGUAUUUUUAUUGUGUAUUUUUUAUUAAAUCAUGUAAAAAAAGAAAAUUCGGGUGGGGAGUGUCCAGGUCAGAUUCUCCCCAAAUAUGUAACUGUCCCCAUUACUGUAAUCCAAAAUAAAAUCUCAUUGUCAUUAUUGUAACAUUAAAAUUACUAGAAAAAAAUAUAGUAGAAUAAUAAAUAAUUAUUAUAGAAACGAAUAAUAAAAGA